CAUCAGCUAAGAGUCGACUAUAGCCCUUUUUGAAAGGCUAAUGCUUGUAAGAAACCAUUUAUUGAAUAAAUCCGCAAUUUAUUUAUAUCCAGUCCGAUAAUUUUUGCUCUUAUAAUCGCCCUACUCAAAAAUAGCUUCCGGUUUUGAUUUACGCUGGAAAAAAUGACAAAGUGAAGGCCAGAUUACCAAAAUGUCAACAAUUAACUAUAGCAAGUGGGAUCACAUUGAGAUCUCUGAUGAUGAAGAUGACACUCAUCCAAACAUUGACACUCCAAGUCUCUUCAGAUGGCGCCACCAGGCACGUGUUGAUAGAAUGGAACAAUCGAAGAAAGAAAAGGAAGAUUUAAAUAAAGGAUUGACAGACUUUCAGCAGAAGAAAGUAGAAAUUCAACAAAAACUUAAAGAAGCAGAAAAGAACCAAUUACCAGAUAUAAAUAAUUUACAACUUGAGAUGAAAGAGAUAGAAAAACAAGAAUCAGAUUGGCGAGCGAAAGAAGAGGAACUGAAGAAAAAAGAGAAGUUGACUCCAUUAAAUAUAGACACUAUUUGUCAUGAUGGAAAAUCAAAAACUAUAAUAAAUAAGAUUGCACCAAAGGUAGAAGUUUUAACAGAGGAAGAAAAGGCUGAGAGACAGCAAGUAUUUGUAAAGAAGAACAAAGAGAAAGUAAAGAAGUUUGGAAUGUUGAGACAGUAUAAAGAUAGUCAGCAAUAUCUUACAGAUAAUCCAGAGUUAGUUUGUGAAGAAUCGGCUAAUUAUCUCGUCAUCUGGUGUAUUGACUUAGAAAUGGAAGAGAAACAUGAAUUGAUGUCACAUGUAGCUCAUCAGCUGAUUGUUUUGAACUUUAUCUUAGAAUUGGCAAAAUCCAUGGAUAUCCAUCCGAGAGGAUGUGUGGCUCCAUUCUUUAACAGAAUACAGAUGGGAGAAAAACAAUAUAUGGAAGCAUUUAACAGUGAACUAGAUGCCUUUAAAGAAAGAGUUAAAAUUAGAGCCAAAGAAAAACUAGAUAAAGCUAUUCAGGAAUAUGAAGAGGAAGAAAGACAGAAAAGAUUAGGACCAGGUGGACUGGACCCAGUGGAAGUCUUUGAAUCUUUACCACAAAUUUUAAAAGAUUGUUUCGAUAAAAAAGACAUUGCUCUAUUACAACAAGUUGUUGCUGAAAUGCCCCAGGAAGAAGCCUCUUACCACAUCAAAAGAUGUGUGGAUUCAGGUCUAUGGGUGCCAGGGGGUGGAGACCAAGGUCCCCAGGGCGAUGACGACGGAGAGGAAUAUGAUGAAAUCAAUGAAGGAGCUCUAGAACAGGAGACAAAGAAAGAAUCAGAGGAGGAAAAAGGAAAUAAGGAAAGUGAAAAGGAAAGUGACAAACCAAAACAAGUCUCUACAGAGGAAGUGGACUGAAUAUAGUUGUCUUAUUUGUUGCUUAAUGAAUUUUCUUUUAUUAAUAUAUGUUAUUAUUACAACCUGAGAUAUUUCUGUU